UUAUCUCUGUUUAUACUGUAGCUGACUUUAGAUACUGGCCGUCUGUGGCUAAAGCUGUGAAAGGAAACUCUAUAGAAAGAGAGGCGUGGUAGGCAUACCUGUAGGUGUGUAUCCAUGCAUAUCCAUGCAUCUCUGCAAGGCAACCAGGCUCUGCUAUCCACUGACCCAGCUCCCUCAGUCCUCCAGAGAGUGUUCUAGCACCAUGAGCCACAGAGGUGGUGGUUACAGCCGCAAGAGAGGAGGUGGUGGUCCCAACAGGGGAGGAGGGAGGGGCCGAGGUGGUAGAGGUGGUGGUGGUAGAGGUGGACGCCCGGCUGGCCUAUCGGGACGCGAUAUCGGAAUGUUCUACGCUGAGAAAUCAAAGGAAAAAAAAAAAGAAAAAGAGAAAAACGAACGAGCAGUUGUCAGUAUAAGUCAUGAGGCAGAGGUGGACAUUGGGAGGAUAUUGCAGGAUGUGAGACGAUCAUCUAGUACUGGUGAAACUAGUCGAACCAGUCAAGCAGGUUUUACGGCUGCUAGAAGCUACACUGACCCCGGGAGGAGUGGUGUCCUCGAGUCAUGUGAUCCCAUGGAAGUGGAGAGUGUGGAUGGUGCUGGACUGUACACUCCCACCUCUGUUGACGAGAAGCUGAAAGCAGACCUGUUGGAAAAACAAAGUAGCAACUCCAAGUACCAGAAAAUGAUGGAGUUCCGUGAGACGCUUCCAUCGUGGGCAGUGAGAGAGGAGGUGCUGCGACUGGUGAGGGAGAACCAGGUGUGUGUGAUAAGUGGACAGACUGGCUGCGGCAAGACCACCCAGGUACCUCAGUUCAUUAUUGAUGAGGCCAUUCACAGUGGGCGUGGCUCCAAAUGUCAGGUGGUCUGCACACAGCCGAGGAGAAUAUCAGCCAUCUCAGUUGCCCAGCGUGUUGCCAUGGAGAGGGGGGAGUCCCUAGGCAGAGCUGUGGGAUAUCAGAUACGACUGGAGAACAGGAUGCCUCGAGACUGCGCCUCCAUCCUCUACUGCACUCAAGGCAUCCUGCACAGGAAGCUCAUCGGUGACCCAUUGUUGUCAGGUGUUUCUCAUGUGAUCAUGGACGAGGUUCACGAGAGGAACGUUGCCUCAGACUUCCUCACCAUCAUCAUGAGGGACCUCCUGCCUAAGAGACCUGACCUGAAGCUCAUCCUCAUGAGUGCCACCAUUAAUGCAGAGCUCUUCUCUAAGUACUUCAGUGAUGCUCCCAUGUUCAACAUCCCCAACGUUACCUACCCAGUGACCGAGUACUUCCUUGAGGACAUUCUCAGCAUGACCAGAUACACGUCUGCCUCAGGACAGAGAACACAGAAACCACGUCCCUACAAAUCAAGAUUCGGCGAGGGUAAACAGGAGUUUCUACGGCAACAACAAGAAGAGGAGGAGAAGAAAGAAUACGUCAAAACCCUCGAAGGAUCAUUUCCAAGUGCAGUUAUCGAAAGUCUUACAAAUUUCGAUGAGAAAGUGAUUGACCUUCACUUGAUUCUCGCUCUAGUGAGACAUAUAUGCACGGCCAUGUCUGACGGAGCCAUUCUCAUCUUCCUGCCAGGUUGGGACACGAUCACUAAGAUGUACGACAUGCUUCAAGCCAACCCAGUGUUCCGGUCCAGUAACUAUCUCACUAUCCCUCUGCACUCCAUGAUGCCCACGGCCUUUCAACAGCAGGUGUUUGAUCGUCCUCCUCCUGGUGUACGUAAGAUUGUCAUAGCAACCAACAUUGCGGAGACGAGUAUCACCAUUGACGAUGUGGUGUACGUGAUAGACUGUGGAAAAGUCAAGGAAACGACGUACGAUGCUGCACAUCAGUUGGAGUGCCUGGAGGCAGUCUGGGUGAGCAGAGCAGCUGCCAGACAGAGGAGAGGUCGUGCUGGGAGAGUCCAGGCCGGUGUGUGCUUCCACCUGUACACCAAACACCGCUACAGCAAGAUGGCCGAAUAUCAGGUGCCGGAGAUGUUACGAACACCUCUCGAAGAAUUGGUCUUGCAGAUAAAGAUACUCAAACUUGGGAUGGCCUUCUCUUUCUUGAGUAGAGCCAUCGAGCCUCCCUCGGAAACAGCUGUCAACACAGCAAUCAGCUGUCUCAAGGAUUUGAAUGCGCUCACACCUGACGAGCAGCUGACCCCUCUCGGCCACCAUUUAGCCAACCUCCCAGUGAACCCUCGUAUAGGGAAGAUCAUCCUCUUUGCCGCCAUGUUCUCCUGUCUUGACCCUGUCCUCACCAUCACUAGCGCUCUGGGCUUCAAGGAACCAUUUGUCAUACCACUGCACAAGCAAGAAGAGGCUGAUGCUGUCAAGAGGAGGUUUGCAGGUGACACUCGUAGCGACCACCUGGCCUUGCUGGGGGCGUUUCAGGGCUGGGAGAGAGCAAGAUCGUCCGGUAACUCAAGACAGUACUGCUGGGACAACUUCCUAUCCAACAACACGCUUGAGCUAUUGCGGACCAUGAAGGGACAGUUUGCUGGUCUUCUUUAUGACACCGGGUUUAUCCGCUCGUCUGACUCCAAGGACCCUGCUAGCAACGUCAACUCUACGAACGUGAAGCUGCUUAAGUCUGUUCUGUGCUCCGGGCUCUAUCCUAACGUCAUCAAGAUCGAUCAGAACAAGCCUGGCAGUUACCCUAAACUGUGGACCAAGAAAGAUGGUCGUGUCAAGUUCCAUCCUAAAUCUGUGAACUCUGACGAGAACCUCUUCGCAAACAAGUUUAUGAUCUACCACCAGAAGAUGAAAAGUUCGGCCGUCUUCAUCCACGACUCCACCAUGAUCCCACCACUCCCUCUCUUGUUCUUUGGUGGGGAGAUCACUGUACAGAGGGACGACACGCAGGAGACCAUCGCCGUGGAUGAAUGGAUCGUGUUUCAAGCUCCAGAGAAGAUUGCAAGACUUGUGAAGGAGAUGAGAGAGCAGCUGGACUCUGUGCUACAUCAGAAAAUAGCCCACCCGAGUAUGGAGCUGUACUGUCCCCAUGAGCCACACCCCUCACCCACCUCCCGACUCAUCAGUGCUAUCAUUGACCUCAUCACGUCAGAGGACUACAGUCGUCAGGCUGAGAGAUUGGCAGCUGGGAAGCACUUGUACCAUAGCAGAAGAUAAUGAACUUUAUAAAGCUCUUAAUUGCUAUUGUUAUUGAUCACUCAUGCAUGUCAUGAAUCCAUGCUCUUAUAAUUAUUAAGUAUAUAUUUAAUAUGGCUCCGAUUUCAAUAUUCAAUCACUUUGUUGAUAUUAUUAUGCAUUUUUGAUUUGAA